AAACCUUGUCCAGAGUGUACUUCUGGUCAGAGAUGUAAUCCUGAAAAAGGGAAAUGUGAAACCACAGAGUGUCCAGUUAAAGAUCUGGAAUAUGGUAUUGUCAGUGGAAUUAUAAGGAAAGUCGGGAAUCGUAUGCAACUUACAUGUAACGACGGAAACACGAUUAUUGAUGAAAUAGAAUGCCUCUAUGAUGGAAUCUGGAAUAUAACCGACAAUCAAUGCUCAACCGAUGUGACAAAUGUUGCUAUUGGGAGAAGGACAUACAUGUCUAGCGUUUACCAAGGCUACAAUGGGUCGAUGGGUGUAGACGGCAAUUCAAAUCAAUUAUGGUCAGGUCGCUCCUGCUUUCAUACAAAAAAUGACGUUCAUUCGUGGUGGCGGAUAGAUCUUGGAAAGAUUUAUCGCUGCUUUAGAGUAGUUUUGUACAACCGCUUGGAUGAUUGCAAGGAACGAGCUUCAGAUUUGGAUUUGAUGUUUGGAACGACGGAGAACAAUAUGUACAUUGUGAGGCAAGUCGAUGGUCAGAUUGAGGACAUCCAUACGUUUAACUUCCCUGAAAGUAAAGAAGCACGAUAUGUUCAAGUGAUGCUUAGAAGACAAAACCCCCUACAUCUUUGUGAAGUACAAGUGUUUGGUUUUGCAAGUUAGUUAUCUGCAAUCAUUUUCAUGGAUUUAAGUAUUAAAUUAAGUUAAUAUGUAGACAGUUUAGAUUUUUGUAAAAACAAAAUUAACGAAAAUGUUUAUUCAUUUGUUCGUCUUUCAGUUAACUUACAUUUCAAAUCAAAAGACAAUCUGGAGCAGUUAUAAUACACGUUCGCCAAUUUCAACAGUUUACACAUUUGGAACGGAACAAGACUAAAUUAUUGCACUCGUUGGUAAAGCAUCAAUGAUAAUUUUAUUGAAAGUUGAAAUAUUUGCACAAGCGGUUUUCUUACAGAUUUAUUGUUAUUCGAUGCCUACUAAAGAAAGUGAACUUGAAAUAGGAUGUACAUGCAUAUUGCAUUUUGAAGAACAAGAUUAAUGAGAUAUGCACGCUUAACAAAUUGAUCCUUAUUGUUAUCUUUUAAUACAGUUGACUCUUGGUAACUCGAAUUUCAAGGACUGGGCAUUUCACAAAAUAUGUUGGACGGAGUUAAGUACAAAAAAGAGGGCAAUCUGAAUAGAAAUAGAAAUUCUUUUUCUUAUGCGGAAUUUUGAGUGAGGCGAUUUUGACUUAUUGACAGUCAACUGUAUCUAACAUUGGUAUUGAUACACCACACCUGUAUCCCAAAAUUAGUUUGUUUCUUUGCAAAUCAAAAUUUACAUUCUCCUUAUGAGCCAUAUUAUUUUAGCUUAAUAUGAUAUAGAUCUAUUGUAGUUUCAUAAUGUUAUCUACAACAUGAUGCUGUCAACUCACUGGAUAAGUAAAUAUAUCAUACGAGUAGAAGAAAUUCCAGUGAUAUCUACCCAGCUUGUAGAAGGCAUUGAUAUUUUACAUUGUCAUCUUAUUUUAGAAUUUAUAACUUAAUUUUUCUUUGCCAUGUUUUGUUCAGACUAUGAAAAAAAGUUUACAUCUCAUAUUUGUUUCAUUAUGAUUUCCUUUUGGUUGCCGUUGCUUUUUGGCGUUGCUACUGUCCCUUGUUGAUCGUUAAUCUCAUAUUUGUUGGUAUCUAUUGAAAUGAUAUAACAAUAAAACGAUCGUGUAUGGUCGUUGUUAUAUGUUAAUUAACUUUGGAAAACAUCUCUGAAAUGUUGAUACGAAAGCAUACCUAUUGAAACGACAAUACAACACGUCAGCAAGAAAUGGGAUCAUAGUUUAAUUUAUUGAUGGAAUUUAAAUCCCUGCAUUUUUUUCUCUAUCAUGUUUAAUAUUGAACAUAUGAUAUAACAUUUCCUGUGUCCAUGAACGGGCUUAGUCAACCCGAGCCUGCAACAUUGUUGCUUGGCUUUCUUUAUGCAUUCUGUUUUUAAUAUACACAAUUCUAUUUGAAUUAAUUCUAAAAGUUUAUUAAAUAAAAUCUUUGAAAGGGAAUUACUUAUUAUUAAGCUAUUUUCUUUUUGUAUUGAGACGCUGUGAUAAGAUUAUUUUCAUUUAAUUAAUUUACUAAAGUAAGUCUUAUUUGCAUCUCUCAAUUGGUGUAUUGCUUAAUUUUAUGUAUGUUUUAAUUGACUUUUAUGUUAAUCGUGUUUUUAUGUUUUAAGUCUUUUUCUUCGUAUAUUUUACAAUUAAAUUGACGACCCUACGCUAGGAGUUGUAGUC